CCCUCCCGGCGGCGAAAGCGUCACUUCCGAGGCUGGAGACAAAAUGGCGUCGGGAGGGGGCCGGCGGGGCCUGCUUGGGCCGGAGGACUGAGCCGGCUCGGGCGGGAGGGAGUCACGAAGAGCAGGGUUCAUGUAAUCACAGGAGUUUCUUUGUUGUAUGUAUCUUUUCAGAACGCAACAGGAUUCCAGAAUGAAUCAGAUCUCAACAGAGCCUCCAGUAUCAGUUGAGACGUUGGCUGAUGUACCUGAUCACGUGCUCAAAGGACUUCCUGAGGAAGUGAAGCUUCUUCCCUCUGCUGUUGACAAGACACGGCUUGGUGUCUGGGCUACAAAGCCAAUUUUCAAAGGCAGAAAGUUUGGACCUUUUGUUGGUGACAAGAAGAAAAGAUCUCAAGUUAAGAGCAAUGUGUACAUGUGGGAGGUCUAUUACCCAAACUUGGGAUGGAUGUGUGUUGAUGCUACAGAUCCCAAGAAGGGAAAUUGGCUCCGCUAUGUAAACUGGGCACGUUCUGGAAAGGAGCAGAAUCUCUUCCCUUUGGAGAUCAACAGAACCAUUUACUACAAAACCUUAAAGCCAAUUGAGCCUGGCGAAGAGCUGCUGGUGUGGUACAAUGGGGAAGACAACCCGGAGAUAGCAGCUGCUAUUGAAGAGGAGAGGGCCAGCUACCGAAACAAGAGGAACUCUCCGAAAGCAAAGAAAGGGAAGAAAAAAUCCCAAGAGGCAAAAAACAAAGGAAAGAAAGCCACAGACAAAAAACAGAAGACUGUUUUGGAUAUUACUCCUGCAGAUAUGAGAGACCCUAAAGAAGGCCAUAAACAGGAAGAUGCAAGUCCUUCUGUUUCAGCUGUGCUGUCACUGGAACAGACUGCUGUGAUCCAGGAGAUGGUGAAUCAAGACACACUUCCAAACUUGGUCAUUUCCAGUCCUCUCAAUGAGCCCAGUACGAUGACAGAAGAGAAACAAGAAGCAAUAGUGUGUGAAUCAGAAGUUCUGGAGGAGAGAGAAGAGCCCGAGGAAGCGGAGGGAGAGGAAGAUGAAGAUGAUGAGGUAGAAGAGGCAGAGGAGGAACAGCUGGAAGAGGAGGAGGAGGAGGAAGAGGAGGAGGAAGAUGUAAAUUUGCCUAAAGAAAUCCCGGAGAUGGAGAUGGAGACCAUGUCUUUGUGUGAAGACAGACUUGACUCUGUGGAAGAGCUGAGCAGCAUAUCUGAAGAAUCUCCAGAAAGCUCCCCCAAGAAAAAGCCCAUGGUGAAAUUUCCCAAAGUCCAGGAGGAAUCCAAUGGGAGUAUCCAAGGAACAUUUAUGUACCCUUGUCAACACUGUGAGAGGAAAUUCACAACAAAGCAAGGACUUGAACGCCACAUGCACAUACACAUAUCAGCCAUUAGUCAUGCUUUCAAAUGCCGCUAUUGUGGCAAAGCCUUUGGCACACAAAUCAACCGGCGAAGGCAUGAGCGACGUCAUGAGGCUGGGCCAAGAAGGAAGUCAUUUCCAACACUUGGGUCAGCUUUGCUGUCUGAUGGUGGUGCUAAAAGCCAAGUGAUUGCAGAAGUUGGUAGUGUAAAAGAGGAAAUUAACACCAAGCAAGACUCAACGUCCUUGGAUAAUAAUGUUUCUCAAGAAACAUCAAACUCCGUUCUUCUUGAAGAGAUCAGGGAACCCAAAGAAAUGCACCCAUGCAAAUAUUGUAGGAAGGUUUUUGGAACCCAUACUAAUAUGCGUAGGCACCAGCGGAGGGUUCACGAGCGCCAUCUGAUUCCCAAAGGUGUCCGAAGAAAACCUGAAGAGCCACAAGUUCCAGCAGAACAAACUCAGCAAGCCCAGAAUGUGUAUGUAGCCAGCACAGAUCUCGAGGAGGAGACAGAGGCUGACGAUGUGUACAUUAUGGAUGUUUCCAGCAAUAUAUCUGAAAAUCUCAAUUACUAUAUUGAUGGUAAGAUCCAGCAGUCCAGCAGUAGCACAAGCAAUUGUGAAGUGAUUGAGGUGGAAUCCAGCUCAGCAGAACUUUAUGGAAUAAAUUGUUUACUCAGUCCUGUGACAGUGGAAAUCUCCUCAAGCGUGAAGGCUACGCAGACCCGUCUGACUGACGUACCAAAAGAGUCUCCAGUUGGCAGUAACAGUGAGCCUAAAAAGAGGAGAACCACAAGUCCCCCUCUCCUUUCAAAGAUAAAGACAGAAAUGGAUCCAGAGCCAAUAACGUCGCUCUGCUCACUAACAAUUCCUCUUACCAUAUCAACAGCUGACAGCUUGUCUUUUCCCAAAGAGAAAAGUAUUUACUUAUCAUCAAAGCUGAAGCAACUUCUCCAGACUCAGGACAGUAGUAAGAUAGUUCCAUCGCCUCCAUCAUCAUCCUCAACAGAAAUCCCCAAGUUGGGACUUCCAGCCGCAUCUCCGCCUCUUCUGCCUACAACUUCAAGCAGGUUCAAAAGGAGAACCAGUUCCCCUCCCAGUUCUCCACAGCACAGUCCAUCCCUGCGGGACUAUGGCAAAGUGGGUGAGGGGAAAUCCCUUUGGAAUGAUGCAGUACUAGGAUCAAAAAUGCCCAAGGUAGAAAGUCAUAGUAAUUCCCCUGCAUGGAGUUUGUCAGGGAGAGAUGAAAAAGAGACCAUGAGCCCUCUUUGUUUAGAAGACUAUAAAGCAUCAAAGGAGUGGACAGCCAGUCCUCCCUUUGGCAACGUGUGCAACCAACAGCCUUUGGAUUUAUCCAGCAGCGUCAAGCAAAGAUCAAAUUCCAAGAACAGGGCCCAGGUUCCUUGGGAGUCAGUGUUAGAUCUCAGUGUUCAUAAAAAACCUUCCACUGAUGCUGAACCCAAGGACAGCAAGGAAGUUAACUUGAUACAGCCAGCGUGUAGUAGCAUUAAGAAAAAGCCGACCACAUCCAUGUUACAGAAGGUUUUGCUGAACGAAUACAAUGGGACUGAUUCAGCCUCAGAAAAUUUGGUGGCUGAAAAGGAUGCAAGCCAGAGCGUAGACAAAUCCGUCGAAGAUCAUCCAGAGCCUGAGCUUCAUGCUGCAGUCCAUGUGCCAGCUUCUGAGUUGAGUUCCGAUAGCCCUUCCAUUGAGAAAUCUGUACCUCCAACAUCUACUGUUUCUUCUUGUCAACUUCCUCCUCUCCUGACUCCAACAAAUUCUCCUUCCCCACCACCCUGCCCCCCUAUGUUAAAGGUUCCCACUCCACCCCCUCCUCUGCUUCCUACCGUCCCAUCACCACUCGAGGAAGAACAUGUUAGUGUCACUCCUAGUUCAUGUCCCUCUCCUCUGUCCAAUGCUACUGCUCAUUCCCCUCUUCCGAUCCUUUCUCCUACCGUCUCGGCAUCACCAGUUCCCUCUGUAGAACCUCUUAGCUGUGCUUCACCUGGGCCUCCCAAUCUCUCCUCAUCAUCAUCUUCUUCCUCUUUUUCUUCCUCUUCAUCAUCCCCUUCUUCUUCCUCUUCCUCCUCCUCUUCUCCUUCCCCUCCUCCCCUCUCUGCAGUUUCUUCAGUCCUUUCCCUUGGUGAUAACACAGAAAACUCAGUCCCCAUCAUGUCUUUUAAACAAGAAGACAUGGACAACGAGCUUCAAAAGCCCAAGGAAAACCCCCACAGUUCCAAUGAAAAUGAUCUCAUUCAGGAAACAUUUAACAAGAACUUUGUGUGCAAUGUCUGUGACUCUCCUUUCCUUUCCAUUAAAGAUCUAACUAAACAUCUCUCCAUUCACGCUGAGGAUUGGCCCUUCAAAUGUGAAUUCUGCGUACAGCUUUUUAGGGAUAAAACAGACUUGUCUGAACAUCGCUUCUUGCUCCACGGAGUUGGGAACAUUUUUGUUUGCUCUGUCUGCAAGAAGGAGUUUGCCUUUUUAUGCAAUUUGCAGCAGCACCAGCGAGAUCUCCAUCCUGACAAAGAAUGCACCCACCAUGAAUUUGAAAGUGGGACUCUACGGCCACAGAACUUUACAGACCCUAGUAAGGCCAGUGUUGAACACAUGCAGAUCCUACUGGAUGAAUCCACUGAACCAACUAAGGAGGAGGAGGAAGAUGAAGAACUCAAUGACUCUUCUGAAGAGCUGUAUACCACCAUCAAAAUUAUGGCUGCAGGGGUCAAGUCUAAAGAUCCCGAUGUCCGGAUGGGACUCAAUCAGCACUACCCGAGUUUUAAGCCGCCUCCGUUCCAAUAUCACCACCGCAAUCCUAAUGGGAUUGGGAUAACUGCCACAAACUUCACCACUCAUAAUAUUCCGCAAACUUUCACCACUGCCAUCCGCUGCACAAAGUGUGGAAAAAGCGUGGACAACAUGCCUGAAUUGCACAAACAUAUCUUAGCGUGUGCUUCAGCCAGUGACAAGAAACGAUAUACACCGAAAAAAAAUCCUGUGCCAUUAAAACAGACAGUGCGCCCCAAAAAUGGGGUUGUCCUUCCGGGCCCUGCGAGCAAUGCUUUCAGGCGCAUGGGACAGCCCAAAAAACUCAAUUUCACUGUUGAAAUGAGCAGGAUGUCCUCUAACAAACUUAAAAUAAGUGCACUGAAGAAGAAGAACCAACUGGUCCAGAAAGCAAUAUUGCAGAAGAAGAAGUCUCAGCAGAAGGCAGAGCUGAGGAACAGCACGGUAGAGUCCAGCUCUCACAUCUGUCCCUAUUGCAACAGAGAAUUCACAUACAUUGGAAGUUUGAACAAGCAUGCCUCCUAUAGCUGUCCCAAAAAACCCAUUUCCCCAUCCUCUAAAAAGAACACUAAAAAGAAGAGUGCAGCUUCCUCUUCCGGCAGCGACAAAAGUGGAAACCAGCGACGACGGACAGCAGAUGCUGAGAUCAAAAUGCAAAGCACGCAGGCUCACUUGGGCAAGACCAGAGCUCGGAGCACUGGACCCAUGCCCAUUCAGCUUCCCUCAGCAUCCUUCAAAUUGAAGCAAAGCGUCAAAUUCAUACCACCAAUUCGAUCCAAAAAGCUGGGCAUGUCCUUGACACCCAGGAAUGCCAGCCCUGUGAGAGUGGCCAAAGCAACUCCAACGGAGGGCAAAAGACCAAAAGGGAUCUCAAAAAACAGUUCCUCUGGACUCUCGAGCAAAGCGGCCCGCAAACUUCAUGUCCGAAUACAACGGAACAAAGUGGUCCUGGCCAGCAAGUCGUCAUCCAGCAAAAAGAAGGCUGAUCGGUUUAGCAUGAAGUCGAGAGAGAGGACUGGAGGACCCGUCACCCGGAGCCUGCAACAGGCAACCAGUGCUGAUUCUCCGGAAAGCAAGAAGGAAGAAACUAGCACGAGGCAGGAGUUAAAAGAUUUCAGGAACCUUCUGUAGCAGCAAAGCAGACCUUCGAAAGGAAGUUCCUAAGCAGUGAAGCCGGAAGCGUUCCACGCUCAGCUUCAGCGGGCGAGCUCUGCAGCUCCAGCAGCCAAAUCAGCCAGGAUUGAAAGAACUGGCCAGAGCUGACCACUCCCUCCCCCCGAGGCAACAGACUGCUCAUGCCAGAGCUGGGUCCGGCCGGGCUAAAGGAAUACUUGGCUGCAGAGAGAGAGAGAGAGGGUACAUGGUGUCUUUCCCCCCUCCCCCCUUUCUAAAUUCUUUCUGUUAAGGAAGUGCAGCGAGCAAAACUGGACCCUGCUACAGAAUUCAUAGCUCGUGUUUGCACUUUGUUCUGUUUUCUUGAUGGAAGUGCAUGGAAAAGAGUGAGAAAUGGUAUAACCCAGAAGUGUGCAAAACUGGCUCCUUCUCUUUCUGGUAUAUCCAGGACAACACAUUAACUGCACUAAAAAAAAUGGGGUGGUUUUUUUUGGUGGGGAGGGGGGGUUGCACAUUGAGUCCCUGCAAAGCUUUUUUUUUUUUUUUUUUACCACAAGAAAGUUUGUGUGGAGGAAACAUUCUCCUCUCCAAACUCUUCUACUGGUGAGCACCACGGUGGAGUUAGGCUGGGCACCAAACCCGGGAUAUUGCUAUCGCUUUCCCCCAAGGACACCAGGAGGGGCAAGGUGGGUGGGGAGAGAGAUUAGCAUAGCCUGACUAGCAGGCCUCCAUUUCUGACAUCUCUGAAAGCAGACGUUAUCCAACAGGUUAUUUGUUUAAGGAACUGUUCACCAUAUAAAAUGUGUAUAGCACAAUGAGACUACACAGAUGAAAUGAUGGUUGAAUUGGCGGAUGUAUCUGUCUGUACCUAAUAACUUAAGAGCUACAAAUUUUUUCCUAGUCGGUAAGCAAGAUUUACUUUCUGGAAAUUAAUAUUUUUUCACACACAAACCUUUUUUUUUUUUUUUGAAGGAAGUAGACUUCAAUCCUGUCAGUCAGUCCGUGAAGAAAAACAGCUAGUUUUUAUUUGUGCUCCCUCCCUUCUCCCCCCCCCCACCAUUUUUACUUUAUCAUCUUUUAUUUGUUCUUGACUUUAAAAAAGUAAUCUACCUCUUAAAAUUUGUAGUUUUUAAUAUUGUUUGGUGAAUUCGUGCCACUUUAAUACCCAUCCUUUUCACUAUCAUUCCCUAGGGUGUCCCCCCCCCCCUUUUUUUUUUUGGUUACUUUUUUCCGGUUCAUGGGGACUCUUAUGUCAAACUAUUGUAUAAAGCAUUUGUAGCAAGUUUGAAAAAAAAUAAUAAAAUAUUUAAAAUUA